UGUCCUAAUGACCACUAUAAAUGCCCAGAUGGAACAUGCUGCCCCUCUAAACUUGUGUGUGGUACAUCUUGUGCAUUGCAAAAUGGUCAAGUGUGUGUAAAUGGACAAUGCUGUGAUAAAGCUAAAAAAUGUUGCAAUGAAUGUUGUUCUGAUGGACAGACUUGUUGUAAUAAGAAAUGCAUUGAUACCACUUCUGAUCCAAUGAAUUGCGGAUUUGUAGCAACGCUUCCCGGUUGUACUAAUGAUUCGCAAUGUCUCGGUGAUCAAUUAACUAACGGAACGCUGACGUUUCCUGCUGCUGGCAAAUCUAAAAUUAUUUGUAAUACAAUUAUUGACCCUACUGCAACCUGUAUUAGCCCAUGUGGAAAUAAUCCUGAUACACUAUGCACAUGUUGCGCACCUGGUUCUAUG